UUCAAAGAGUUCCACCUCCUCCACUCAACCAGCCAGACAGACACCAAACUUAAGAGCAUACUGCAAAAAGUUUCCCCUGCAACUGCUGAAUAGGUUGGUGCCUGCGACAGGACAGCGGCGAGUGAGAAAAGACAGUGAAAGCAGAAGGCAUAGCCGGUUACGAACUGCCUGUGGUUUGGGAAUGGCGGAGACUUGGAAUGGUCCAUGCCCUCCUUCCGAACGGCACAUGUGAGCCGAAAACCCUGUCUCCUCAGGGCUGAUUUGGUUUUAUUUUAGGAGUGUAAGGACAGUAAACAACGAGAAAUAGGAAUAGGAUUUAAGUAUACACACCAGCCUGUCGAAACCCUUCUCGUCUCAUCUUGAGAUGGUCUGUCUGCAAGGAAUUCGAUGGUUCUUGCUUACCGCUCUCCUGCACGCUGUCGCACCCCGGGACACCCGCGAGAGACCGAGGCAAUGCGAUCCACCGAAGUCGCAAAGUGACAUGAACUCGUUCCUCUGGACAGUGAAGCGCCCAGCCCCCUCCCCUCCAUCCUAUCUCUUUGGGACCAUCCACGUUCCCUAUACCCGAGUGUGGGAGUUCAUCCCUGACGUCUCCAAACGGGCCUUCCAGGCCAGUGCCAAUGUAUUCUUUGAGCUGGAUCUGACCGACCCCCUGACUAUCUCCAAGCUGACCAGCUGCCAGCUGCUGCCCCACGGCGAGAACCUGCAGACCCUGCUGCCCCGCGACCUUUACCGCCGCCUCAAACGCCACCUGGACUACGUCAAGCACAUGAUGCCCUACUGGAUGACGGCGGACCAGCGGGGCCGUGGCCUGUACGCCGACUACCUCUUCAACGCGAUUGCUGGGAACUGGGAAAGGAAGAGGCCUGUGUGGGUGAUGCUGAUGGUCAACUCUCUGACGGAGUCGGACGUCAGGUCACGGGGCACCCCGGUGUUAGACCUCUUCUUGGCCCAGGAGGCCGACCGUAUGGGGAAGAAAACAGGUGCGGUAGAGCGGGUGGAGGAACAGUGUCACCCCCUCAACGGACUCAACUUCUCACAGGUGCUGUUUGCCCUGAACCAGACCCUGCUGCAGCAUGAGAGUGUGAGAGCCGGCAGUCUGCAGGGCUCCUACACCACCGAGGACCUCAUCACUCACUACAACUGUGGAGACCUCAGCUCCAUCAUCUUCAACCAUGACACCUCGCAGCUCCCUCACUUCAUCAACAGUUCCCUGCCGGCCCAUGAGAGGUCCACGGCUCUGCAGAUUGACAACUACUUCCGCCAGGAGCUCAUCUACAAACGCAAUGAGCGAAUGGCACGGCGCAUCUCCGCUCUCAUCCAGCGAAACCCCUCCCAGACCUUCUUUUUUGCUUUUGGCGCAGGUCAUUUCCUGGGAAACCACAGUGUGUUGGACAUUCUGAGUCAGGAGGGCUACGAAGUGGUGCACACGUCAUCACACUACCAGGAACCAAUCACAGAAGAACCAACGGAGAUCCCCAGCGAUGGGGUGUCCUAUGCAGGUACAGCUUCUGCUCCUGACUGGGCCACCAGCCCCUCAGACCUGGAAGGUGGCCUGGACCGUAUGGAGGACGAGGAACUGCCACAUAUGCUGCUGCCUGACAGUCUGAGCCAACUGGAGGAGUUUGGGAAGCACACGCGGCCCCGAAAGGCCCAACGCCCACGCCUCUUCAGUGACCUGUGGGUCCGCAUCGGACACGGCACCACACCUCCUCAGCCGAAUGUCAGGAUAACCAAUGGAUAUGUGACAGUGGAGCCCCCCCUCACCAACCAGGAGCAGCAGAGGAGGAUGGACCUCUACCCAGCCUUGGAGCCCCCCAGCCAGGCACCGUCCUCUGCCCUGCCCACCUCCAAUGCAACCCAGCUCACAACCGGCACCAGCCAGGUCCACACCUGCCUGCUGACGUUACUCAUGUUGCACCUGCUUUUCACCUCCUGACCAAAGGGUGGCGCUCUCCACACAGACACGGACUGAUACUGUCUUCAUGCCAGUACCCAAUCAUGUGCCUCGAAGAACCCUGGAACAUACAAAAAUCGACCUGUGGAAAUUAACCGCUGGGAAAAUAUGUAGUAUUCCAACUGUCAGAACCUCAUAGGAUGUUGAUGUGAUGGUUGGGGACAAAUGACAGACACACAAGGGAAGCCUGACACAAAGCUGUCUGUCUUCAGACCUUUAUGGAGGGAGUUGCAUCACUCCCCAAAAGUCCUUUAAACUCACACUGUGUGGAAUAAGCUUCUCCCCAUGACAAACCAGAUGAGUGGUCUGUUAGAGAGCCAAUGACAGAUACUGCAGGGCUAAAAGGCAUCCAUGCUAAGUUGUUAGUUAUAAAGACCAAGUCUUAAAACCUUGAAAAAGCAAUAUGAUAUAAUAUUGAGUGUAGCAUAAGGUCUAUAACUCUCAUAAGAGACUUUGAGGUGUUAAGAAACACCUUAAAUUAAAAGCUAUUAUUAUUAAUAUGAUAUUAAUGAUGAGAAUAGACAUACUAAUGACUAUAACAGCUGUAACUCUGUAAUAAAGUCUGAUAUCUUAUAGACAUAGGACAAGGAGCACACAGUGGAUGUUUUUGUAAAUUGUGCAUUUUGUUCAUAAAGAAAUAUUGUAUAUUUAUUAUU